GUCGGAGGGGAAAAUCAGCUGGACUCCGCGGAAAUUACCAACAGGAGUAUUUUCCUUUUAUUUAGCUAGCUAACCAUCUGUCAACUCGCAUUUCUCCCUCCCUUCUUUAUUGCUGUCAAACCGCCACACUGGCGAUGUCGGAGUCGUACGAUUUCCUCUUUAAAUUCCUGGUGAUUGGGAAUGCUGGAACGGGGAAAUCCUGUCUUCUGCACCAGUUCAUAGAGAAGAGGUUCAAGGAUGAAUCUAACCACACAAUCGGAGUCGAGUUUGGCUCUAAGAUCAUCAGCGUGGUCAACAAAAUGGUCAAGCUUCAGAUUUGGGACACCGCAGGACAAGAGAGGUUCAGGUCUGUGACCAGGAGCUACUACAGAGGAGCAGCAGGAGCCCUGCUGGUCUAUGACAUCACCAGUCGAGAGACGUACAACGCUCUGACCACAUGGCUGAGUGACGCGAGGAUGCUGGCGAGUCAGAACAUCGUCAUAAUCCUGUGUGGGAACAAGAAGGACCUGGAUGCUGACAGGGAGGUCACCUUUCUGGAGGCUUCCCGCUUCGCUCAGGAGAACGAACUGAUGUUCCUGGAGACCAGCGCUCUAACAGGGGAGAACGUUGAAGAGGCCUUUGUCCAGUGUGCUCGGAAAAUCCUCAACAAGAUAGAGUCAGGGGAGCUGGAUCCAGAAAGGAUGGGCUCAGGUAUCCAAUACGGCGACGCUGCUUUACGACAGCUUCGCUCUCCUCGUCGUGCUCAGCCACAGGGCACCCAGGAAUGCGGCUGCUAGUGGACGUGUCCUGUAACACAUACAGACAAGGUUUGUGAAGACCAGGAGAAAAACAGCCAUGUGAGACCUGAUAACGUGGGGUUCAGAUCGCUACGCUGGUGACUUCUCCCCGACCUUUGACCCCUAACCUUUGCACGGACCCCUCAGAACCUUGUUGCCAUGCAGAUAGCUCAAAAGACUUCCCUGCCACGCACCCUCCCAGAACUUAAAGAUCUCCAAGGUAACCAGAGAUCAGCCAACAGUCUGCUCUUCUAUUGGACCAAACUGUCCCUCCAACCAAGACCACCCCCAACACUUCUCUCGUCCACACACCUGCCAACCCAAAUGACCACAUUUUAGAUUUCCCACUUGCUCCAGUCGACCCUCCAGCUACUUAAACAGACAAACUAAAUACAGAUUUUUGGAGCUGCACAGACCUUUAGAUUGAGCUAAACUAACUGCCCCCUGGCUCCAGCUUGAUAGUUAGUGUACUGAUGCGUGGUCUUGAUUUUCUCAGAAAAAAAAAAUUUCUCAUCUUGUGGAAAUAUUUCUUUGACCACAUGCUAAUUUAAGUCCCUUCCCUUCCACAGGUCCUCUGCUUCUCUUGCUCUAAUUAUCUGCUAACUCCAUGCUUGCAUUUGCAAACACACCACUAACAGUCACCUGUGUAGCUGUGCAGUUUGCACUUCUUGUGUGCCACCUCCACUCCCUUUAUUCACCUGAUAUCACGGUUUGUAUUCUUCUUAAAAUAUCCAGACCAUCAUUGCAACUGAAUAAUUAUGCAUAGGAUGUGAUGUCAUAGGUUUGAUGUCACAGGAGGAAAAAAAGAUGAGGUUGUGGUGGAUGAAUGGUUCAAAUCUGAGUGUUGGAUGGGAUGAGAAUUGGCACCUUCAGAUCAGACCCCAGGCUGUAAAAGGGUGAAUUACCCGCUUUCAGCUGAGACUGAAGCAGAUUAAUCUACCUGUCCUCACCUGUGGCCACAAGCUGCAGGUGUUGAACUAAAGAAUUAGUGGACGAACUUUCCCCAGCUAUAGUGUAUGGGGUCUGUUAGAGAUAGAGUAAGGAUCUCAGUCAGUAGAAACACUGCUCCUCCAUGUUGAGGUGUUUGAUGCAUGUCCUAUGGGCUGUCCUCAGACAAGCUGUUGAGAUUGUAUCUCUCAGCUGGACCAUUAAAAACUGUGGACGCUGGGAACAGGGAGGGUCUAGGCAUCUCUGCUUAGACUGCUGCUAUCAUGGCCUUCAGCAGGAAAUGAGUGGAUGAGAAACACUUAAUUUGUUUCUCAAAAGACGGGUGGGUGUUUCAAGCAAAAGCAAACAUGGAAAUAUUUGUACUUCCAUGACCUGUUACAUUUUCAUCGUAAAAAUGUGUUUUGAGAAAGGGGAAAAAUACCAUAUUUUAUUAGAAUUAGCAGAAACAUGGAUCUUUUCCUAAAACAGAGUCUUUAACGAUGUUAUUUCUCUAUUAAAAAGCAUGAGUAAUCAGUAACAGUGAUGGUCCCAGGGCAACACCUUAAUAUUGAUAUGAUAUUGCAGGAAAAACACACACACUUUUACAUCCCCCUUUUUCUCUCCUCCGUCUCCCCUAAAGCAUCCCUGUACCUGUACAGUGUUUCUGUAAAUAGACUGACGCAUGUUUUCUCAAACAAAAUAUCAGAGUAUUUCAUUAUGAAGAGAUAUUAUGUGUAUAUUAUAAUAGAUAUCAUAUUCAGCAUCUGCUUCAUGCUCCACUGCAUCAUUAUCAUUUGAAGCGACUAUACACUGGCAACUUGUAGCAGGAUACUGGUGAUGGGCAGUACUCUGUAUAAUUUUUUUUUUUUUUUUUUUUGUUAAAGAGGACAAGCUGAUUCAGAUUUUAUUAGGAAUUAUGAGGGGAAAGAUUCUGGAACAAAUUUUUAUUUGUUAUUUUUGUUUUGUUUUUUGACAAGCUCACAGAUAAUAAACAGAGGAAGCCUGACAUGUUCUGAGUAGACACUGGGCUUUCAUUUGUGUUAAAUGAAGUUACAUCUUUGAAUUCACAAGUCAGCAUCCGCAACUGAGUAAAACGUUGGUGUAACACUUUCUUUAUCCAAAGUUUUCCACUUAAGUCUAAUGACUGAUCUGUCGUAUGUAAAUGUUGCCUGUUUACAUGAGUGCUGACUGCUGCCAGAUGUGGGGUCAUACUAACUUGUUAGUUUUUAAGUUUUAACAAUGGUUUGAGGCUUAUCCAGUGUGUGCUUUACUCCUUGUUAUCUCCUGUUGUUAACUUUGACCAUGUUAAGUCAGAGGGAACGAUUAUGAGGCGUGUUUUGCAUCAGAGCAUUCACGCGUCACAUCAGCUCAGAUAUACUUUAGAUCAGGGGUGUCAAACCCAUUUUACAUUUUGGGCUACAUAUAGCUCAAUUUGAUAUCAAGUAGGUCAGACCAAUAAAGCUAAUGGCUAAUAACAUACAGGCUUACAGUUGAAAAUAUAAAGGCGUAAAUUACAGGAAAACCACUGGCAGUUCAUUACCUCCCAGUUACCUACUUAUCAUUUAAUUAAAAAAACAGACAUUUUCUGUUAACUUAUAAUAUGUUUUUAUUGUGGACCAAAAAACACACAAAAAAUACCAGAAAUUUCUAUAGUGAAACAUGAAAAAAAGGUUUUCUGUUAUGUGAUGGAAUACUAACAAUAAUAAGAGAGUCCAAAGUUUAUGCCCUUGUGAAGAUUUCACAUUUUCCAAAGCCAUACGAGGGGCCUUCUCUGGCCCCCGGGCCAUACGUUCAACUCCCCUGCUUUAGAUAUUAGCCUUUUCAAAAUGAGGAUUUUGAAUCAGACACUUCAAAUGUUUCCCAUCCUUCGGUGUUUGAUAUCUGAUGGUGGCUUUGGUUGUUCUGCAUCAUGUGUUUCUCUCAUCAGGUCAUUUGUUUGUAUUUAUGUGUGUCCUUUUUUCCUGUCAUUAUGAAUAUCAUAGAUUUAUAAUUUAUUAUGUAUGAUAAAGGCAUAUGUUUUUAAAAUAAAUACUACUACAAAUCCAGCAUU